UUGGCAUCGUCAUCGGCAUCGGCGUCGUCUUCUGCUGCUGCUGCUGCGGCUUCCUCCUUCGGUGUUAACUGUUUCCGCAGCACGCAGCGAUCGGUCGACUUGCCACUUAUCCAGAACUUUGGGGACAAUUGGAAUUUUGCUUUAACCCAUGACUUCGAGGUGUUUAAUUUCAUUUCCUGGUUAAAUUGGCUCAUGGCAAAGAGUGGUAGAUCCCAACGCAGGGCUUCUUUCAGACAGUACAGGAUGGCUCCAUACCAGUUGCCGACUUGUGAUAGUCACAUUGGAGAUGAAUGCUGCCCAAACAAUAAGGGCUCCAAAGGAUUGUUCGAUAAGAAAGACUGGGAAGACGUGACUUGUUCUGUUUGCAUUGAGUGCCCACACAAUGCAGUUCUGCUGCUGUGCUCCUCUCAUGACAAGGGUUGCCGUCCCUAUAUGUGUGGGACUAGCUUCCGUUACUCCAAUUGUCUGGACCAAUACAAGAAAGCAUACACGAAUGGUGACGCCGAGAAGUGUGAGAUCUCGGAGCUUGCCUGCCCUCUUUGUAGGGGGCAAGUGAAAGGGUGGACUGUGGUGGAGCCUGCCCGUGAAUAUCUGAAUUCCAAGGAGAGAAGCUGUAUGCAGGAUGAUUGUUCUUUUGCUGGAACUUACAAGGAGUUGAGGAAGCACAUGAAGGGGGUUCACCCUUCUGCAACACCACGUGGAGUAGAUCCGCAGCUGGAACAGAAGUGGCGAAGGCUGGAGCGGGAACGUGAGCACGAUGAUGUCAUCAGCACAAUAAGAUCUACGAUGCCCGGGUCAUUGGUUUUUGGGGAUUACGUGAUUGAGAGAAACCAUGGUGGUGAUUCAGAUGAUGAUGAAGAUGUGGGGUUUGAGAUUCAGGCUGCAAACAGGAGCGGAGGAGAAGGAUUUGUGGGUUUUGAUAGGAACCUGGCGAAUGUGUUCAUGAUGUUGCAUGCCUUUGGUUCAUCAGGUGAAGAGUUUAGCAGGAGGCUUCCACAGCGGGAGAUGCCAGAUCCCCACACCUCUCGAGUUGGUGGAUUCAUUUCCUUUGAUGAAGACAUUGACCAUCGUCAUGGCUACGAUGAGAUGGCAGACGAUGAUGGUGGUGGCAUGUCAUCAUUUGUUUCUCAUCGUUCAGGUAGACGACGUAGGCGUAGGGACAUGGACAGAGGUAGCAGAUGACAAGCCAUUUCAUGCCAUUGUAAGCAGGGAGAUCUUGCUGGUCAACAAUAAACAUCAUUCUUUUUCAGGAAAAUGGGGAUUGACAAUGAUCUCAUGGGAUUGUGUAUUUUCGCAUAUGUGCAUUUGUACAAUUGUUACAUUUAGAGAACUUGGCUCGUGGAAGAUGGCUGCAUAAGGCUAUUUCUUCUGCUCUGUAUCUGUAGUUUCCUUGUUGAUAUUGUAAACUGAAGCUCAAGUUGCUGAUCAGCUCAGCAGUUGGCUUUUGUUACUAAUCGUACAUUGGUCAUGUACACAAGUUGGCCACUGGAAAUGGCUUAAUGAAGCAUCU